UGCUCUUAUAGCAGCAGGCGUUCAAACUUCACUUACCCAAAAACCUUCUCUACUUCUUUUGACGGGCGAAAAAAAAAAAAAAAAGGGUGGGGCAAAAGAUAAGCACCAUGGCCGCCUCUAGAGCUUCUUCUUCUUUUUCUUUCUGCUCGAUUCCCUGAUGCCUAUACCAAAAGGGCUUUGAUGGAAGGGAGAUAGACUGGGGAUUGAUUCAUUUGCUUGAAGAUGUUUGUAAUUGAAUUGUUUGUAUUGGGAAUGACAAAAUAUACAAACCCACCAGCAACAAAAACCAUUACCAGGGAGAUUAGCUGAGAAAUGGGAGAUUCUCUCCUCACGGCCCUUUCAAUGGAGAAUCACCACCCGUCCACGCUCUUGUCCAUGGAUUCCAGCGCCUCCUCACACGACGAUUUGGAUUUGGAGAUGAAUCGGCAAAUCAUUCUUCACCGUCCGCCGGAUAUCAAUUUACCCUUGUCGGCAGAGCGCAGUCCACCUCCACCUCCACAGCCAUGGAAUCUGGACCCCUGUGAUAUUUUAGAUGUUGGGCUUGGUCCACAAGUUUAUGAGACCGAGAGUUUUCUUACCAUACCCGCAGCUGGAAGGAAAUGCGCCAAGCGGGUUGAUACUAUCUGGGGUGCCUGGUUUUUCUUCAGCUUUUACUUUAAACCUGCGAUGAAUGAGAAAUCAAAGGCAAAGAUUAUCAGGGACAGCAAUGGAGUGUCAGGGUUUGACAAAUCUGAUCUCAAUCUUGAUGUUUUCAUGGUUCAGCAUGACCUGGAGAAUAUGUACAUGUGGGUUUUCAAGGAGAGGCCAGAGAAUGCAUUGGGUAAGAUGCAGCUUAGGAGUUACAUGAAUGGGCAUUCUCGUCAGGGAGAGCGUCCAUUCCCAUUUAGUGUUGAUAAGGGUUUCGUACGAUCUCACAAGAUGCAACGAAAGCAGUAUAGGGGUCUGUCGAACCCCCAGUGUGUGCAUGGGAUUGAGGUUGUUCCAUCACCUAAUCUCAUGGGUCUUGAUGAGGAAGAGCGCAAGAGGUGGAUGGAGCUCACAGGUCGGGACAUGAACUUAACAAUUCCACUAGAAGCAAGUGCUUUUAGUUCAUGGAGAAGCCUUCCCAACACAGAUUUUGAGCUUGAGAGGCCAGCUCCUCCAAUAAAGAGUGCCUUGAAUUCCCACUCAAAGAAAUUGCUUAAUGGUUCUGGCCUGAACUUGUCAACUCAGCCAUCUAACCAUACCAACGGCGAUGGAAUGGAUCUAUCACCUGUCAGCAACAAGAGGAGGAAGGAUUUUUUCCCUCAUGGGAAUGAUGAUGAUGGUUUCUUGACUGUAAAUCCUCCCUCUGAUCGAAUUACAGAUAUAGAGAUCCACCCUAAUGAACCAAACUGGUUGAAUGACUUUAGCGGCGUAAUGAAGAAUGUCUAUGGACCUGUCACUGCUGCGAAAACAAUCUAUGAGGAUAAAGAAGGAUAUCUGAUCAUUAUCAGCUUGCCCUUAGUGGAUCUCCAGAGGGUGAAGGUUUCUUGGAGAAAUACUCUCACUCAUGGUAUCAUAAAGGUCUCUUGUAUUAGCGUAUCUUGCAUGCCAUUCACCAAGCGACAUGACAGGACUUUCAAGCUCACAGAUCCAUCUUCUGAACACUGUCCUCCUGGGGAAUUUGUUAGAGAAAUCCCACUUUCAACCCGAAUUCCUGAAGAUGCAAAUAUAGAAGCUUAUUAUGAUGGGCCGGGAUCUGUGCUUGAGAUUUUGGUGCCAAAACUACGUGUGGGGCCUGAAGAACAUGAGGUUCGCGUUUGCCUUCGCCCUCACCUAGGAGGCAAUGAUCUUAUGUUGACUUGAGAUGAUGAUCGUUUAUUGAGAAUUCUAUGGGUUGGUGCUCCAUCGUCUUACUAACUCUGUACCAUACAGUGUAUUCUAUGAAACGAAAUGUGUCUCACACUUUUCUUGAGCAAGUUUUGUUCACCAACAACUGUUAUGGUAUUUGUUGUGUCCAUGAAUCGGGUCAGUAUUUUUUUUUUUUUUUUUUGUAACGAUUCUUGAUUUUUGAACUUAUAAUUGAUUCUAAUUACCUAGAAA